AUGUCAAAGAGGAUUCUGGCAAUCUCACAUGCGAUCAUACUUUUUCAUACGACUGGGGUAUUAUCACAAUCUACGCCUCCAACUUCGACACUACCAUCGUUCACGAGUUCAGCACCGCCUCCAACUUCAACCGCACAACAAAACAGAGACUCGAAAAUUGAGGUAUUCUGGCACGCAAACUGGCAUUGGUUCUUAAUUGGAUUUUUAUCAGCUCUCGUACCUAUUUUAAUGUGGGCGAUUUUGGGGCCAGGGAGAAGAUGGUAUCGAAGGAGAAAAAACAAAUCGGCACCGAUACAAUGGGAUAGAGUGGGAAGUGAAAGGUUUCAAAGCCCCUCGAUGAGGCAAAUCGGAGGGUUUCAAAAAUCUCGAGGCUCUGGCUCUUCUACAACCAGUUCGAGAUUAGCUCUAUCUCUCAAUGCCGCUGCUCCUGGUGAGCAGGACAUUGAAACCGCUGCUGCAAUUGCUUCUCCAAAGUCACCAUCUACUUAUAUUCGGAGGGAACGGAUGAUGAGAAAUGAUAGCUCAGAAGCAGUGAUAGGAUUAGUUCAACCUCAGAUUCACUCUCCUCGACUACCUGCACAGGGUCUCAUGCCUCCAAAUCGGCCAGCGGAUAGGAACUCAACUGGAUCGCUCGGUCCCCCGGAUCCGCAUGUGCAUAGGGCGCACCCAAAGUAUAAUACUUUCCAAAGAUAUUCAAGACAGCAUAAAAAACGAUCUCUAUUAAUGCCAGUGGGACAACAAAACAUACAACCUCAAUCAUCUGAUAUUGAUAUCCGACAAGAGUCUAUGAAUCUUCUCCAAACACAGAUUUCACAUCGAGCACCUCAGCCAGCAUACCAGCAAAGGUCUUUCGUUCCAACAGCUGCUAAUAUGCGAACAAGUCAGCAAAUAUUUCUACCACAACCACCUAAAUCCACUCCUUAUCAUAUCAGACAGGGUUCACAUCCUCAUGAUCACGAGCGUACUGCAUCAUGGCACCAUACAAUGCAUCGCGGAUCCACUCAAACCAAUCCUUACGGUUUGCAAAUCCGCCACACAUCAAUGGACGGAUAUCAUCCAAUAUCUGAACCAAUGACGAUUCCUUCUGUUCCUUCCCCUACCACAGAAACCACCCCUCAUCGUUCACUCUCUAGAGGUCGUCUUCAAAAACCUCAGUAUAUAAACCCUCGAAGCAGUGGUUAUCAUAUCCAUCAAAGACAACCAGAACCACCAAAUACAAGGGAAGAACCCCGAAUGUCGUUUUACCGCACCCCACAAGCUUCUCGUGAAAGUCUGGGGAGGCCCCGUGCAUCUUCAAAUCCAUCCUCUAUCCCUGAGGUCCCUUCUCUUUCACAGCAGCCAACAUAUCCUAAAAUUGCAUACCCGGCAAGAAGCGCCAUGAGUAGUAAAAGCUAUCAACACCAAGAUAGAGUAUACGGGGCGGAGUCUAGCUAUAGCUAUUCUAUCUCUGCUGGAAACCCAUCAGCAAAAUCUGUCAAAUUUGCAGCCCUCCCUCAGCUUAGCAGCAGUGCGCCAGCACGGCUGCCUAUCCACCAUUUUUAA